AUGAGCGCCCUCCGACUGUCCCGUGCAGCGCUGCGCGCCAGGUCUGCAAUCGCUCUGAAGCCAAUUCAACGAAGAGGAUACGCCGAGGCCGUCUCCGACAAAAUCAAGCUCUCCCUGGCCCUUCCUCACCAGUCUAUUUAUUCCUCACAAGACGUUGUACAAGUGAACAUUCCCGCCGAGUCUGGAGAAAUGGGUAUCCUUGCACAGCACGUCCCAUCCAUUGAGCAGUUGAAACCGGGCUUGGUCGAAAUCAUCGAGGAGAGUGGUGGAAGCAAGCAAUUUUUCCUUUCGGGAGGUUUCGCCGUCGUCCAACCGGAUUCCGUGCUGAGCAUAAACGCCGUGGAAGGGUUUCCUCUUGAGGAUUUCAGCGAAGAGGCGAUCAAGUCACAAAUAGCGGAGGCUCAGAAGAUUGCUAGUGGAAGCGGAAGCGAGCAAGACAUUGCCGAGGCCAAGAUCGAACUCGAGGUUCUCGAAUCAUUGCAGGCGGCAAUGAAGUAA